AUGUCCGGCGGAGAGAAGAGAGCAAGGGAGGAGGUGGAGGCGUUGCUGGCGCAGACGAAGGUGAAGGAUGGGGUGAAGAACAAGAUCAGGGCCAUCGCCAACAACACGUGUCCGGGGGGAAUAGACUUGGGUGGUUAUGGCCUCGGCGACAUUGGGGCGCGUGCGGUGGCCGAGGCGCUCAAGGACAACACCUGCCUCGAAACGCUCGACCUGGCAGUCAAUUCCAUCGGCGAUGAGGGCGCUGUGGCGUUGGCGGAGAUGUUGAAGCACAACACGACCCUCAAAAUACUCAACCUGAACAACAAUUCCAUCGGCGAUGAGGGCGCCGUGGCGUUGGCGGAGAUGCUGAAGCACAAUAUGACCAUGACAUGGCUCCGCCUGGAACGCAAUUCCAUCGGCGAUGAGGGCGCCGUGGCGUUGGCGGAGAUGCUGGAGCACAACACGACCAUGACAUUGCUCGCCCUGAGUGAGAACUCCAUCGGCCCUGAGGGCGCCGUGGCGUUGGCGGAGAUGCUGAAGCACAACACGACCCUCACAGCACUCGACUUGGAUAACAACUCCAUCACCCCGGUUGGCGGUGCGGCGCUGGGUGCCGCACUGGACCAGAACCGCACGCUGGAAGAACUCUGCAUCGAGAAGAACUCCACCGCCACCGCCCGCGCCUUUGGUGCCGCGCUGCCCGUCGACCGAGAACUCAGCACAGACUGGUAUGAUGACGAUGGGGGCCAGGCCGCCUUUAACGAAGCACGCGAGGAGCAGAAGCGGCAGCAUGAGCAACUGUUUGCCGCCUGCAGGGAUGGCGACACUCCAGCUGUCACGUCCCUCAUCGAACAGGACAAUGCAGAUGUCAACCAACAGGACAAGCAGGGCGACACGCCACUGCACGUUGCCUGCAGGCACAACCAGCCCGCCGUCGUGGAGCUGCUCAUGAAGAAAGAUGCAGACACUGCCGUCAAGAACAAGAAGGGAGAGAGGCCCUAUGAUGUGGCACAGGCCAGCGGUCAUACUGCCAUCACCAGCAUCCAAGGGCUGAAGCCAGGCGGCAAGCCUUUGGAGCAACCACAACAGCAACAGCAGCCAAAACAAGAGCCACCUGCGCCCACUCCUGCCGCCGGACCGAAGCAAGAAGAACAAACAGCGCAAGACCACCACCAUCAGCAGCAGCCCGAGCAGGCGCGCAGGAAGCGUCUCCAGCAGCGCAUGCGGGAGGUCAUAGCACGCUUCAACGCGACCAUGGCGGGCAGGGCCAAACUCAUCUUCAUUGGUCAGGGGCGCGCCGGGAAGACCAGCACGUUCCACUCGCUCAUGGGUCACAUGUUCAACAAGCAUGAGCACUCCACCCUUGGCGCCGCCUCAACCGACCUCGCCGUCAUUGUCGAAUCAAUGGACGUUCACGACUGGCAGGAGCUGGAUGCGGAAAUCUCGGAGCUGAUGCGCAGUCUCUGCGGAACGGCGCUGGCGCAGGAAUCGGGCGUGGAUUGGGAGAUGAAGCAGGCGAUGAUGAAGGCGAAGGCCGACUUGGAGAGCCGCGUUGCCCAGCACCAACAGCAACAGCGGCAGCAGGAAGCCGAGAAGGCAGAGAAAGCAACGGCUGCCAAGCAGAAGCAGAAGCAGUUACAGAAUGCAAAGGAGACGCGGCCACGUCCAUCCUCCCGCACGUCGCCAGCGACUGUCCCCAAACCCACCAAGGCAUCUCAUGACUCAGCAUCUGCAUCCAAGAAGCAGGCCACCCUGAACCCUUCGAGCCAAUGUGAUGCUGCUGCCCGCAAUCACAACAACACCGCCACCGCCACGACCGGCAUGUCUGCUGAGGACAUGGAGAAAGCGAUCAAGGAGUUCAACGUGGACGCCGUCAUGGGCGAGGGCAAAGCACGGGUCACGUUCAAGAUCUUUGACCUGGGUGGCCAGUCCACCUUCUACAUCUUUCACCCUUUCUUCCUCACAGAGUACGCGGUGUACCUGCUGGUGUUCUCCAUGGAGGACCUGCUUUACCAAGACAAGAGCAAGCGGGCUGAAUCGUGGGAGUUUAUGGAGCACUGGCUCUCCUCCCUCCACCUCCACGCCAAGGGUGCACCCGUCCUCAUCGUCGGCACCUUCGCUGAUGUGGUCAGCAAGCGUAAGCAGCACGAGAACAUAUCCCGUGACAUCCACAGUCGCCUGCGCCACAACCCGGCCUUCCCUUCCGUCAUCCACAACGACAAGCAUGGUCUGUGGUUCUGGCCCGUCGACAACACCAAGUCUAUCAACGACACCAUGAUCCAGGACCUGCGCCAGACCAUCUCCUCCACAGCACUGGCGCAGGAGUACGUGAGUCAGGAGGUGGCUGUGCCAUACCUCCACCUCUACGACAAGCUCAACGCCAUCGCCCGCGACGAGCAACGGCCGCUGCUCACGUUUGAUGAGGUGGUGGCGAUUGCGCGCACAUGUGGGCUGCGCACACGUGAGGAGACGAGGGCCUGCCUCCAGUUCCUGCACCUGUACUCCAUGGUGCUGUACUAUGACACCGUGCCAGGCAUGGAGGACUAUGUGAUCCUGAGUCCGCAGUGGGCGGUGGACAUGAUGACGCGCGUCAUCCGAAACUUUGAUCUGCAUCACGACGUGCGUGAUGGUGAGGCGAGGGCCGUUGGUGCGCAGCUGUGGGACGACCUGGUUGACCGCGGCAUCCUGCACCGUCGCCUGCUGGAUGUGCUGUGGAAGGACUUGGAAGGUGGCACGAUUGAGCCCUUCCUCCAACUCAUGAUGGAGUACGGGUUGUGUGUCGACUACACGGCACCAAUGGUGCGGCUGUUCGGCCCUCAACAGCAACAACAACACCACCAACAACACCAACAGUACCUCGUCCCAGCCAUCCUGCCGAUGACGCUGGAGGAUGAACAGGCGUCGUCGUCGGUGACUCUGAGCACGGCAGCAGCACAGCAGGCCAAUCCAUACGCUGGAUAUGAGGAGAAGACAGCCUACGUCGCCUUCAGCCUGAGGGAGUUCAAGAGGGGUGUAAGCGCCAAGAUUGCAGACACGCAGCAAGCCUCCUUCCUGCCAGAGGGCCUGUUCCCGAUGGUUCUGGCACGCGUGAUGGCACACAUGCAGCAUGGUGCAACGGAACCGCCCAUGUUGAGCCGGACAGACGCCGUAAUCUUCAUGGACGUGGCUGAGAUCGAAUUACAGCUCGUGCCGGCUGUUGGCGGCAUCAAGAUCAAGGUCAUGACUGCACGUCCUCGCACGCUGCUGCACAUGCUGUACGACACCAUCACAACAGCUGUCACGCAGCGCUACCCCGAGCUCAAGGCCACGUUGCUGCUGCCAUUUAAUGACACGAGACUGCUGUUCUUCGAGGAUGUGCACACCCACCACACGAACAAGAAACCGCUUCGCGUUGGCCGCUCACAGCUGCUGUCACCAGGGGAUCUGGUCGCCAAAUAUGGUCCACUCUUGCCAGUUAUGGGUCAGCAGGACAAAUACGAUGCCUUCAUCAGCUACAGGCAACGCGGCAACCGGGGUUUGGUGAUGACAUUGUACCCAAAGUUGGAGCAGCACGGACUGGUAACCUUUGUGGACGCCAACAACUUGGAGACAGGCGUCAACUUCAAGCACGCGUGCAUGACAGCCCUGCACAACAGUACUGUCGCCUGUCCCGUCGUUUCCGUGGGUGCCAUCCAUCAGAUGCGCUCGCUCGGCCACACUGACACGUGCGAUAACGUCUUGUUGGAGUGGAUGGCCAUGCUGGAGCUGCAGCAGCUUGCUCGCCAGCAUCCAGACAAGGUCCACCUCCGCCGCAUCGUUCCGCUCUUCCUCGGCAGUGGCUGGCACGACAGCAGUCACCAUGUUAUGAGCAGGGCAGAGGUGAGCGAGUACGACUCGUUUGACCGCCUGAAGCGGCUGGCAACGAAGUUGCCGGACGUUGUGAGCAAGAACACGACGUCAGCGCUGGAUCAGUACUUUUCACAGGUGCUGCGAUUGCAGCCACCUCAGCAACACAAGAGCGUGCGGGAGGCGGUGUUGUCGCUGUUUGACAUUGACGCCGUGGUUGCGAUGGAUGCCGGUGUGGACCGCACGUCGCAGCUGCGCGACAUUGCGGAGAAGAUUCGCCAGGUCGUCGUCUCUGCCAGGAGCGAGGAGCAAGCAGCUCAGGGGCCAGCAGCUGCACGUCGUUCCACGCAGUCAUCUUCCUCGACCUCCACCGCUACAACUCCUGUUACACCACCACCUACCACCCCAUCGCCCUCUUCCACCUCGUCGCCGUUUGAGCCCGAGUUACUUGAAUGGCUCAAACGCCACUCGCUGCUGCCGCACGUCGAGUCGGCACUGGUGGAGCACGGCAUCGACUCCCUGGAGGUGCUGGUCGUGUCCAUACAAGAGGGUGACCUGACCAAGGAGGUACUCAGGGAAGCCGGUGUGAAAAUUGGGCCGGCAAUCAAGCUGAUUCGGGAGGCAAAGAAGUGUGACGUGGACAGUUCUUCAUAG